AUGAACGACGCCAUCUUGCCCCAAUGUAUGUCCACUAUGCGUCUUCAUGAGAUGCUGCUUGAUGGUACACUUGGAGAGAGUGAAGACCAUGCAUUAAUGACUGAUCGUCGACUCAGUGGCAAGUACCAAGGACUAAGGUCCUGCGACAAGGCAUUUAACGCCUUGUUAAACACGGAUAAGCUUAAUGCCAACCUAGACGACUCUUCUAGCACAGGCGCAACUUCGCACAAGCCGUCGCAGGUGCUGUAUGCCGAGUAUUUGAACUGUGUCAGUAGAGCGCUAUGUAAAAGACCAUUGCUCGAGUGGGUAGGAUGCCGUCAGUCAGCACAGAAACAGCAGCAAGAUAUCCGACGUUGUGAGCGAGCUACGAGAAUGCUGGAACGCUGUUUGCGUGGAAAGACGGAGGAGCUGCUCAAGGCCUCGCAGCCGCAAGUCUUUCGACCUAGCGCAUCCAUUUAA